UCAAUUAUCAAUUGAUAAUUAUGUCAUGUCAAACAUUAUAUUAACUAUCCCUAGAUUUGCUUGAAAUUUUACACUGUAUCAACAGAUGUUUGUAAUUACUACUCGCAAUUGGUACCCUUUUACGAGCUUAAAUUUAUUGAAGCAAAUAUUUGGGUAAUCUUUCUAAGGAAAAUGUCUUUCAAUUUAGGAUUUAUUGGUGGUGGAAAUAUGUCAACGGCAAUUUUUAAAGGAAUACAAAAAAAUGAUAAUCAUCCAGUUUCAAAAAUAUGGGUAGCUGGUCCACGUUUACACAGUCUUCAGCAUUGGAAAGAGUUGGGCGCUAAUGUAACCACAAAAAAUGGAGAAUUAGUCAAUAAAUGUGAUGUAAUUUUUCUUGGUGUAAAACCUGGUGUAUUGAAUGAGGCCGUUAUGAAUUGCCUUGAUUCUCUUUCCGUAUCAGGAUCCAAAAAUGUGCUUUUUAUUUCUAUGUUAGUUGGAACUAAUAUAGAAUAUUUGCAUAAGGUAUUAAAAGGGCUGCCAGUACAAUCAAGUGUCAUUCGAAUAUUGCCAAACACACCAAUGGCUGUUGGUGCAGGCUCAUGUUUGUAUGCUCCAGACAUGAAUGUCACUCAAGAACAAUGCACAUUAUUUGAAAAAUUACUACAAGGCUGUGGAGUUUGUGAAAAAGUAACAGAAACCCUCAUGGAUUCUUUGGGAGUUCUCACAGGAUGUGGACCUGCAUUUAUGUAUAUUGUAAUUGAAGCAUUAGCAGAUGGGGCAGUAAAGCAAGGUGUGCCUAGAGCUAUUGCAUUAAGACAUGCAGCUCAAAUGAUGGUGGGAAGUGGUGAAAUGGUACUACAAACUGGCAAGCACCCUGGAACUUUGAAAGAUGAAGUAUGCUCUCCAGGUGGCUGUACUAUUUGUGGUGUCACAGCACUUGAGAAUGGAAAGUUAAGGGCAACUCUAAUAAGUGCUGUUGAAGCUGCUGUUCUCAAGGGAAAGGAAAUGGGGAAGAAGUAGUUAUAUCUUAAAUAUCUCAUAAACCGAAUCUUACUAUAAAUUAUAAUAAUGAUUAAUCAUAUUUAUCAUGUAUAAUAUAUUGAUAUUAUUUAUUUGUAGAUAUAAAUAUAUUACAAAUAGACAUACUAUUAGAAAUAUUGGAUGUGUUUGCUGGACAACACUGGAAAUUAUGGUAGUCUUAGUUUAAAUAUCAAUGAUCAUGAAUAACAAUUAUGUAGUGAUAUUCUAAUCUCAAUAAUAUAUUCAUGACAAACGUGUGUGAAACAAUACUUUGUAUUUAAAUUAAUUAUUACUUUUGUCAUGAUAAGCUUCAGAAUUUCAAGGUAAAACUUUGUAAUUGAUAUUUUUUAUGGCCGACAUUUUAUAUAAGUAUUAUCAAUAGUGUGUGUCUAUCUAAUAAUAUGGUAUAAAGAAUAAGUAAGACGUAUUAAAUGUGUGCAAAAUUUUGUGUAUAAGCCAUAAAACAUUAUUAUUUUUUAUUAAUGAAUAGGCUUGAGCGUGACAACAAUCUUGUUUCAAAGAGCUUAUUAUAUUAUAUCUUAGAAUGGGCAUGCCUAAAAGAUAAACUCACUUUUGUAGUGGCGCGAAGCAAAAGCUGGGAAAGUGUCUAACGCUAACAGUUAGUAUUAGAAAAAGGAAUAAGUAAUAAGGAAUAAGUAAAAAGUAAUGAGAACACUUCAAUAUAUCUGAUAGACAACCAGUAGACAGCGACUCUGUGCUGGUCCUAUGAACUUAGCAUAUAUUGAUGGAUAUUAUUUAAAAUAUACAGAGAAUAGUCGGUAGGUGUGCUUAAAUAGACAAUAACAGUAUAUAAUACUUUUAUGUUUGUCGUAGUAUCUAUUUACGUUUGUUAAACUAAAACACAAAUUUUAUUUUUAAAUAAUGUACACAAUGGAAAGUUUAUUUAUGUAAAAAUGUAUUUAUUGACUAUUUCAGUAUUUUUUUGGGUUGCCAUAAAUGACAACCUUGCCAUAUAUGGCAAUAUAUAGAUCUGAUGUAAUAAAUACCUCAUGAUACCUAACAUAAUAUUGUUUUGUCCCGAAUAGUAUUUUUUAUUUAAUUUUAUUAGAAUAAAAUGUAUAAUGCAUUAUUAGUAUAUUUUACAGUAACAAUGUAAUAAAAUUUCGAUUUAUUAAACUACUUAUAUUUAUAAGUAAUUUCGUAGCAUAUCAUAUUUCAGUAAUUGCAUAAGCUUUACAAUACUUCUCAGAUUCUCUGACAAUUUAAUGAUUUUCAAAUAACAAAUUUACGUAUUAUAAUAAUAAAACAAAUUUUAAAUAAUAUACUUUGAGUUUGUAAAUACUUAUUUUACAUGGCUAUCCAUUUUUGGAAAGGAAGAUUUUAAUUUUUCUUAUAAACUUGUAGUUUAAGAUGGCCUAGUGGUUAGAACGCGUGAAUCUUAACCGAUGAUCGUGGGUUCAAACCCGGGCAAGCAUCACUGAAUUUUCAUGUGCUUAAUUUGUGUUUAUAAUUUAUCUCGUGCUUAACGGUGAAGGAAAACAUCGUGAGGAAACCUCCAUGUGUCUAAUUUCAUUGUAAUUCUGCCACAUGUGUAUUCCACCAACCCGCAUUGGAGCAGCGUGGUGGAAUAAGCUCCAAACCUUCUCCUCAAGAAAGGGAGAGGAGGCCUUAGCCCAGCAGUGGGACAUUAACAGGCUGUUACUGUACUGUACUGUACAAGUUUAAGCGUUGUCCUCGUAUUCCUAUUAUGCGGCGUAAGCUGUUGCAGUCCAAAGAAAUAACCGUACUAAUAAAGCGUACAUAGACAGUAGUCGGUUUUCAAGAUAUACAGAUGCGUAGGAUACGCUACUUGAUGUUACCCGAAACAUACCGUAUAAAAAGAGUUGAGUAUUAUCCAGUAAUUUAUUGUGAUUUGCCACCGAGUUAUUGUACAUUUCAAAAUGGCGUCAAAAUUUAGGCCAUUCAGAUCUUAAUCAUUAAGGAGUAGGUAUUGAAUAGGUAUAUCCCUGAUCCGUUGCUAGCUCAGCAUACUAAGCCAACGUUUAGUUCAUAGAACGGCCUUAUAAAUUAAUUGACGGGCCAGUUGCCGUGGUUGGUAGUUGCCUUUCACGCCGAAGGUUGUGGGUUCGAUUCCCACCCAGGACAGACAUUUGUGUGCAUGAACAUGUCUGUUUGUCCUGACUCUGGGUGUAAUUAUCUAUUUAAGUAUGUAUUUACAAAAGAAAAGUAGUAUGUCAGUUGUCUGGUUUCCAUAGUACAAGCUCUGCUUAGUUUGGGAUAAGAUGGCCGUGUGUCAAUAAUGUAAUGUUCCAGGAUAAUGCUCCAAAAAAUAAUUACAUUAAAAGAAAACAUCUAAAAUGUGUUUAUGGCUUUAUUUUUAUUUUAUACUAAGUAAUAAGUACUUGUUUAAUGUAAAAUAAAUUAUAUAUAAUUCAUUUUAGUCGGAAUGUGAGAUCCCAAACAUUUACUGAUCCCAACAGCAAAAAGUAAUAAGUAAGUAAAGUAAAACCUAUGUUACCUUCCUACGUGUUAAAGUUAAAUUUUGUAAUAACAAAUGUUUCUGUAAAAAGUUGGUUGACGCAUAUGACACAAACCGCGAACCAGUCCAUAUAUGUAACGAGUAAAUUUGUUCAAAACUUUUUUGAAAUACCUUUUACGUUGAUUACAAAUUGUCUGUAUUGUUGACUUUACUUUUCGAAUAAUAAAUAAUUUGCUUCUCCAA